UUGCACCGGGUUAUUCCUUCAAUCAUGGAGACGGCGAGAGGCUUGCUGGUGCCGGGAAUCUUACCGGAGCGCUGCUUCGAUGAGUUCUUCCUCAGAUUUAACUUGUUAGAUGUUCCGUGCCUGAAGGUGGCGCUCAGCAAGGCGCUAGGGUUUGGGAUUAUUGGCGGAUCUAUGAUGGUCAAGAUCCCACAGAUAGUGAAGAUAAUCCGGGCCGGUACCGCCGAGGGCCUCAGUUUCAAGUCCAUUCUGCUGGAGCUGCUGGCGCUGUCGGGCACCAUGGUGUACAGCAUUACGCACGGGUUUCCUUUCAGCUCCUGGGGGGAAGUCCUGUUCCUCAUGUUACAGACUCUCACAAUCGGAUUCCUUAUCCAGCACCUGGGGGGCAGCACGUCUACGGGUAUAUUGUUCCUCGGGGGGUUUUUCUCGCUGCUUGCCGUUUGCCUGUCUCCUGUAAUUCCCAUGGCUAUGAUUACGGCUAUGCAGGCCACUAAUGUACCCGCCGUCGUUAUUAGCAGAUUAAUACAGGCAAGUACAAACUAUAGGAACGGCCAUACUGGGCAGCUCUCUGCAGUCACCAUGGGGCUCCUGUUUCUCGGCUCCCUCGCACGGAUAUUUACCUGCACGCAGGAGACCAACGACUCGCUCAUGUUAGUCACGUACGUGGUAUCGUCUGCGUGCAAUGGGCUCAUCGUGGGGCAGUUGCUGUAUUACUGGGACGCCCGGCCGGCGGGGAAGCACAAACAGCAGCAGCAAAAGAAGAAGAAAAAGAACUGAGGGGGAAUAACUGCCCCCCCCCAAUGGCAAAUCCACGGCCUUCUCAUUCCGUCCUCCUGGGCCUUGGUUCUGGGAUCGGUCCGGCACCACAGAAACAUCAUUAGUUCUACAUGUAAUUAGUAAAGAUUUUUAAAUUU